AUGGCCACAGCUGCCUCGAAUCCCUACAGCAUUCUCAGUUCCAGCUCCCUGGUCCAUGCGGACUCUGCGGGCAUGCAGCAGGGGAGUCCUUUCCGAAACCCUCAGAAACUUCUCCAAAGUGAUUACUUGCAGGGAGUUCCCAGCAAUGGGCAUCCCCUCGGGCAUCACUGGGUGACCAGUCUGAGCGACGGGGGCCCGUGGUCCUCCACACUGGCCACUAGCCCCCUGGACCAGCAGGACGUGAAGCCUGGGCGUGAAGACCUGCAACUGGGUGCGAUCAUCCAUCACCGCUCUCCACACGUAGCCCAUCACUCGCCGCACACUAACCAUCCGAACGCCUGGGGGGCGAGCCCGGCUCCAAACCCGUCCAUCACGUCAAGCGGUCAACCCCUCAACGUGUACUCGCAACCGGGUUUCACGGUGAGCGGCAUGUUGGAGCACGGGGCGCUCACCCCACCGCCGCCCGCCGCCUCUGCACAGAGCCUGCACCCGGUCCUCCGAGAGCCUCCGGACCACGGCGAACUGGGCUCACACCACUGCCAGGACCACUCGGACGAGGAGACGCCAACCUCGGAUGAGUUGGAACAGUUCGCCAAACAAUUCAAACAAAGAAGAAUCAAGUUGGGUUUCACGCAGGCCGACGUGGGACUGGCGCUGGGUACACUGUACGGCAACGUGUUCUCGCAGACCACCAUCUGCAGGUUCGAGGCCUUGCAAUUGAGCUUCAAGAAUAUGUGCAAGCUGAAGCCUCUGCUGAACAAGUGGCUGGAGGAGGCGGAUUCGUCCACAGGGAGUCCGACCAGCAUUGACAAGAUCGCUGCGCAGGGCCGCAAGCGCAAGAAGCGAACCUCUAUCGAGGUGAGUGUCAAGGGCGUACUGGAGACGCAUUUCCUCAAGUGUCCCAAGCCUGCCGCGCAGGAGAUCUCCUCGCUGGCAGACAGCCUCCAGUUGGAGAAAGAAGUGGUGCGUGUCUGGUUCUGUAAUCGAAGACAAAAAGAGAAAAGAAUGACUCCACCAGGGGACCAGCAGCCGCAUGAGGUUUAUUCGCACACCGUGAAAACAGACACGUCCUGCCAUGAUCUCUGA